AUGUCUCGUCGCACAGGUCCCCUCUCAGAGAGGCGUCUGAUGGAUGUAAGGCUGGGGGAGCUGCCCACCUGGCUGGCCACCUGCAAGUUAUCUCCCCAGGGGCUGCUCAGAGGAGUGCGGAAAGCCUGGAGCAGCUAUUAUGACAAAUACAUCAAUGUGAAGAGGGGCGGACCAGCCGGGGUCUCCAUGCUGCUGGCUGGAUACUGCCUCCUCAGCUAUGGCUGGAACUAUCAGCACAUCAAGUGUCAUCGCUGGCGUAAAUACCACUGA